AGAAAAAAUAUAAAAAUAUCGAUAAUCAAUUUAAUAUCUAAAAAAAAACACAUUUUCAUAUGUUUGGUCUUUGAUGGUCAUAAAUGAAACAUAAACAGAUAUUUAUGUAGAAAUGGAUAACGGUACGUCCAUAUCUGAGAAAAUAGACAUUUGGAAUAACUUGCUUGCAAAGGAAUUGAUUCCAAACAAUGUGAUUUUGUCUUUGUAUAUUAUUACCGGUCUUGUUGGAAAUUUAACUGUAAUUUUUAUUUACGGUGUAAAAUUGAAGGACAGCAAGGAGGAGAGAUAUUUCAUUCCGUACCUGGCUACAGCAGAUCUGUGUGCCUCUAGCGUCUCUGCUUCUUUUGGAAUGGCUCUCAAUUUAAUGCAAACCAAAUUUGAGAACACAUAUGUGUGUAAGACAGGGUGGUUCUUUGCAGCAUUUACAACAUUUACUUCGAUUUUGAUUCUCCUGGCUAUCGCUGUACACAGAUAUCGCAAGAUUUGUAAACCUCUUGGAAAACAAAUGACACUGAAAUGGAAACGAAUUGCUCUAUGUCUAGGGAUUAUUAUUGCAUUUCUUUUAGCGUUACCUACGACUCAUUUUUAUGGCUCAGUUCCGUUUAGAAAUGAUGAAAAAGGGAUUGUUGGAUUACGGUGCAGUAGAGUAAAGACCGUCAACAAAACCGGGUCUUUGAUAUUCGGAGGCGGACUUCUUUUAACAGCUAUAGCGAUUAUAGUUUCACUUAUUUGUCUUUAUGCCAAAAUGGGAUAUACUAUUAUCAUGCAUUUCAAGUUUAUGAAUACCAAAGGCAAGAAAAAAGCCUUUUCGGAACCGGAACAUCCCAAAAACAUCGAAGAACCUCGUAGCGCUGAUGACUUAGUUAGUGGUACAGAA